UGACGCAUGCGCACUGCGCACAGUCUUAGCCGAGCUACGGAACGUGAGGCUGGUGUUAUGGAUUCUACAAUGGCUUUUAAAUUCUUAAAAUAACCAGUGUAAUGCUCAACGGACACAAUUAUACAAACACCGGUCAUUGCACGUAUACUCUAACUUCUUCCCUGCUGUUUAACCAUGCCGAGCAAUAAAGUUGAAAAGCCGGAGGUGUGCGAUAACGUCAAGGUGGUGGUACGAUGUCGUCCGCUGAACCAGAAAGAGACUGCGAUGUGCCACAAGCUGGCCGUCACCGUGGACGAGUUCCGGGGUACCAUCACGGUCAACAAGCUGGAGACUCAACAGGAGCCUCCCAAAACAUUCACCUUUGACACGGUGUUUGGACCAGAAAGCAAACAGCUGGAUGUCUACAACCUUACUGCCCGGCCCAUCGUUGAUUCGGUGCUGGCAGGAUACAAUGGUACCAUCUUUGCCUAUGGCCAAACUGGAACCGGUAAGACCUUCACCAUGGAAGGUGUACGAGCAGUGCCAGAGCUCCGAGGGAUAAUCCCCAAUUCCUUUGCGCAUAUAUUUGGUCACAUUGCCAAAGCAGAGGGAGACACUAGGUUUCUGGUUCAUGUAUCAUACCUGGAGAUUUAUAAUGAAGAAGUGCGUGACUUGUUGGCCAAGGACCAGAUGCAGAGACUGGAGGUUAAAGAAAGACCAGAUGUUGGUGUAUAUAUCAAAGAUCUUUCUGGAUAUGUGGCGAACAAUGCUGACGACAUGGACAGAAUCAUGACUUUGGGCAACAAAAACCGUUCUGUUGGUGCCACAAAUAUGAAUGAGCACAGCUCUCGAUCACACGCCAUCUUCACCAUCACCAUUGAGUGCAGCGAGAAGGGCGUAGAUGGAAACCAGCACGUGCGCAUGGGAAAGCUUCAUCUUGUUGAUCUUGCAGGUUCAGAAAGACAGGGUAAAACGGGGGCCACAGGCCAGCGCCUGAAGGAAGCCACAAAGAUCAAUCUGUCACUUUCCACUUUGGGUAACGUCAUCUCCGCCCUGGUGGAUGGCAAGAGCACCCAUGUGCCCUACAGGAACUCCAAACUUACCCGCCUGCUGCAGGACUCCCUUGGAGGAAACUCCAAGACCUUGAUGUGUGCAAACAUAGGUCCCGCGGACUACAACUACGACGAGACCAUCAGUACUCUGCGCUAUGCUAACAGAGCCAAGAACAUCAAGAAUAAGGCCAGAAUCAACGAGGACCCCAAGGAAGCUCUAUUGCGCAAAUUUCAGAAGGAAAUUGAGGAUCUGAAGAAGAAACUUGAGGAGGGUGAGGAGAUCUCCGGCUCGGAGGGCAGCGGCUCGGACGAGCCCGAUGAAGGGGACGAAGAAGGAGGGGACGCGGGACAAGGACGCAGGAGACGAAGAGGGAAGAAGAAGGUUUCACCAGAAAAGAUGGUGGAGAUGCAGGCCAAGAUUGAAGAAGAGAGAAAGGCUUUGGAGGCCAAGUUGGACAUGGAGGAGGAGGAGAGGAACAAGGCAAAAGCUGAGCUGGAGAAGAGGGAGAAGGAUCUUCUCAAAGCUCAGCAGGAGCAUCAUCUUCUGCGUGAGAAAUUGUCAGCCUUGGAGAAGAAGGUAAUUGUAGGGGGUGUCGACCUCCUAGCAAAGGCUGAAGAACAGGAGAAGCUUCUCGAGGAGUCCAACAGUGAGUUGGAGGAACGCCGACGGAGGGCGGAGCGCCUUCGCAAGGAACUGGAGGAAAAGGAGCAAGAACGCUUGGACAUUGAGGAGAAGUACACAAGCCUUCAGGAGGAGGCCCAAGGAAAGACCAAGAAACUGAAAAAAGUCUGGACCAUGUUGAUGGCUGCCAAGUCAGAGUUGGCAGAUUUGCAGCAAGAGCAUCACCGAGAGAUUGAGGGCCUCCUGGAGAACAUUCGCCAGCUGAGCCGGGAGCUGCGACUCCAAAUGCUGAUCAUAGACAACUUUAUUCCUCAAGAAUAUCAGGAGAUGAUUGAGAACUAUGUGCACUGGAAUGAAGACAUUGGAGAAUGGCAGCUGAAAUGUGUCGCUUUCACUGGCAACAACAUGAGAAAACAAACACCUGCUCCAGGCAAAAAAGAAAAAGACCCUUUCGAGGUGGACCUGUCCUAUGUGUAUUUGGCCUACACAAAGGAGAGCAUGCAACAGUCACUGAUGAGGCUUGAGAGACCCAAAACCUCUAAAAGUAGCAAGAGUGGCCGGCCCAAGACUGGUCGCAGGAAAAGGUCUGCAAAAGCAGAGGCGGCCGUCGAGUCCCCUCAGCAGUGAAGACAUGGCGAUGUCAAGAAAAGAAGCCUCUCGUAUAAACUGAUGAUCCUUAUUUAAAAAGAAAAAAUGAUCUGAGUACACUGACACAGGUUUAAAUGUGACGCGGCUGAAGAGCUAUUUGGAGUAUUAUAGUCAAUAGGAUCCCCGGCUUCACACAAUACUGUAUCUUGGAAAUCCAUUUCAACAGCAGCGGCCCCUCUUAUUGGGGCUCUGCGUCGAACGGGAGAUAAAUCUGGGCUACUUCCAGCUCAUGGCUACAUUUGUUCUUUUUCCGCAGCAGCAGAUCCUUUUCAUUUAAGUCCGAAAUUCCAAGUUAGUUCUACAAAGACUGUGUCACUGAAAAAGAACGGUCCCAAAUAGCUCAGGCUAACGUUUUCAGUAAUAGAUGUGAACAUAUGUUAAAACUUUCAACUGAAUCUGUAUGUUCUGAUGACCGACGGCAACUGUUGUGUUGGUUGGAAACUCCAUGCAGUCAUCUGCAAUGAUGAAGAUCCUGAAGUCAAAUUCAGUUUUUGAAGAUUCAGGCUUCUACUCUGAAAAGAGAUUACGUAGUUGUAAGUAUUUAGGUGAAAGUGCGCUUUCUACUAUUUCACGUGGGUGCAAAGUUUUGGGAAUGUGCAUGCUAGCCAGCUUUCUCAUUAGUGCCACGUGUUCAUCUAUCAUUUUGAAAAAUUACAGCUGUAUUGUUGAGAUGCACCAUAUUUACUCUAUGCCUUAGUAUAUUGCACUUGUAUGAGGCUCUGUGAAGGUCAUGUUAAUUUCACUUGCCUGUUUCAUAGUGGAGGCAAAACGGCUUUUGUUUGAUAUCACGAUACAUGUCAAAUGUUUACAUUCACCCUGGAAAUUUUAUUUAUUAAAUUAUUUUACACAUGUUUACCUCA